UCAUUCCAAACUAUCUCCCCAAAGAAUUAAUACACAAAAAUUUUCAUAACCUAUUAGCACGUGGUAGAGCUUUUUCAUCUGCAUGUUAGACCCUGAAGGAGAGCCCUCGGGCUCUCCUUUUGCAUCAUCUUCUCCCGUAUUGCAAUCCUCUGUAAGAUUAGCCGAUCUGUUAUCAAUCACUAGUGGCGACUUGUGCGAAAGCAUUAAAAGAAAUUUAUCUGAUAGAAAACCCACCAAUGAAGAACUUCAAAAAUUGGAAUCAGAAUUAUAUAAAUUACGAAUUCAAUUUAAAGACAAUAUUGAAGUACAAGCCCAAAUCUCACAAUGCUUUUUUAAUAUCAGAAAAAUUUACAACUAUACAAAUAAAUAUGAAAUAACCAGCUUUCCGCCAUUUUUAACAAUUAUUCACAGCCAGUCGGCUUUACAUCCAAUGAACGUAGGCAAGAUAUUAUUUGAAAAUAAGGUGGAUGGAAUCCAGAAGAUUGAAAGUAAGGGUAGGAACAGAAUGGGGUCUACUUUAACUUCUCAGAAAAUGCAAAUAAAUUCUUAGAAAUUGACAAUUUAAUACAAAAAAAUUGGAAUGUUCAAAUUCCAUUAAGAAUGACGACCUGUAGAGGCAUUGUCUGGAAUAUGGGGGAUGAAAUUGAGGAAGAAGAUAUCGUAAAUUAUGGAAUUGGAAUCAGGGGUAACCAACAACUAAAAGUUCUGAAUGCUAGGAGAAUUUAUAAAAGAAUUUAUACUGGAGGAUAUGCUAGCAAAGUCAAAACCAAUGGUUUUGUUAUUACGUUUAAAGGUUUGGACAUUGUGCCAAUCAGUGUAGGAGUAGCUCAAGAUGUCAAGCCUGCGGAGAAACUCACAAUGAAGGGACUCAGUGUAACAAAGAGGGAGAAAUUCUUUGCAUCAAUUGCAAGGGAAAACAUGCACCAACCAGUCCAUUGUGCGAAGAAUUUAGCAGACAGAAGAACAUCAACGAAGCAAUGGCAAAACAUAAUAUCUCAUUCUACGAAGCCAACAAGCUGUUCCCCCGACAACUUGACAAAUCAAAUCUUAACAGUCAGCACUUCCCAGCACUGGAUACUUCUACCCCAAGACUUAACAAGAAUUAGUAGCAGUCCAAUUAUUAGAGUAAAUGAAGACGAGAACAGUUCCUCCGGGAUGGAAACAACAAAAUUAGAAAACAACUUCAAUUUUAGCCAAGAAAGCAACAUAUAUUAUACUCAUGACAAUACUCAAAAUAAGGGACAAAAAAUAAUCAAAGACUGACUUAUGCGGAUGGUAAGGGCACUCAAAACUUAACAGAUGGUACUCCAAAGCAAAAGAAACCAAAAAUAUCCUCCCAAGAAUAGGAGGUAUUGCAGGUUUUAAUAAUUUUAUUAUUAUUACUGAUUUCAAUCAUUUUUCACUUAAUUUUUUCAAU